AUUAAGGUUUCGCCGCAGAUGAGCAAAAUCUUUUUUUUUAAAUCAGCCGCUCUAUGGACCAAUGACACGACAGACAAGGCGGAAAUAAAGGAACGGAGACAACAAGAGGCUGAAUGUAUGUAGCUAGAGGGGAGAUGAAUGUAAACGUGUAUAGUAACAGACCUAACUAGGUUGACACUGCAUUUAACAUUGUUACAUUCUCAGCCAUGUCUACGAUAUCAGGGCCUCUGUUUCUAGUUUGACUGCAACAGUCUCAAAGGUCCAGUUUGAUUGAAGUCUGAGUAGGGGCUGUAUUAGAGCAGAGCUAGCUGGCCAGGACAUUAGCCUACUGGAGAAGCUGGUGUUUGUUAGCUAGCUAGCCAGUUCUCUGCACUGAAACGUCAAUGCCAACAUGGCAGGGAGCAGCCAUGACACAGGCUCUGGAGUUGGUGAAGAUAAGAGUUUUCGCAGUAAACAAAACGAAGAUGUGAACAAGAAGCUGAAGUACAUCAGUUUGGCUAUCCUGGUGAUCCAGAAUGCCUCACUCAUCCUCAGCAUCCGAUAUGUUCGAACACUGCCGGGGGAUCGCUUCUUUGCAACCUCGGCUGUCGUCAUGGCAGAGAUUCUCAAAGGCUGCACUUGUCUGCUCAUCAUUUUGUUUCAAAAAAGGGGUAACCUCAAGGAGUUUGGGGUUCUCCUGUACAACUCUAUAGUCGUUCAGUACAGCGACACGCUAAAACUGGCCGUCCCAUCCCUUAUCUACACACUCCAGAACAACCUGCAAUAUGUGGCCAUUUCAAACCUCCCAGCAGCCACAUUCCAGGUGACGUAUCAGCUGAAGAUCCUGACCACAGCCCUCUUCUCCGUGCUGAUGCUGCGGAAGAGCCUCUCGCGGGUGCAGUGGGUCUCCCUGCUGCUGCUUUUUGCCGGCGUGGCCAUUGUCCAGGUGCAGCAGGAGAGUGGCAAGCAGAAGGAGGCCGCAGCGGCCGACCCCAGCCAGAGCUACGGCAAGGGUCUUGUGGCGGUGGUGGUGUCCUGCCUGUCGUCGGGCUUCGCCGGCGUCUACUUUGAGAAGAUCCUCAAGGGCAGCUCGGCGUCGGUGUGGCUGCGGAACGUGCAGCUGGGCAUCUUUGGCACAGUCCUGGGCCUGCUGGGCCUGUGGUGGAACGACGGUACCGCCAUCGCCGAGAAGGGCUUCCUGUUUGGCUACACGCCCAUGGUGUGGGGAGUGAUCCUCAACCAGGCAUUUGGCGGCCUCCUGGUGGCCGUGGUGGUGAAGUAUGCCGACAACAUCCUGAAGGGCUUUGCCACCUCCUUCUCCAUUGUGGUGUCCACAAUCAUGUCCGUCUACCUCUUCGGCUUUCACGUGGACUUGGUCUUCACGCUGGGUGCAGGGCUGGUCAUUGGGGCCGUGUACAUGUAUAGUCUGCCCAAGCAGAGUGUCGCCGCCUCUUCUUCGGCCUCAACCAUGAGCCACGGAAGAAGCAACCCAGGAGGAGACUCAGAGCUGGAAGCUUUUCUCUCCAAGAAUUCUGUGAAAGAAAAGGAAAGCUGAAAUGAUCACAUCCCUGCAUCAGUGAUAUAAUUAAAGUUGUGAAAGCCCUGCCAAAGCAAAAUGGAGAAAUGGAUAUGUGGUGGUUCAAGUGCCUUCUGUUAAUUGUAAGUUGUAGCAGUUAGUGUAAGCAUUACUUUAUGACUCUACCUUCCACUAAUCUACAAUACAAUAUUUUUAUUUGGAUUUGUGGAAAUCUUUUUUACAUUGAAACUUAAAGUAUGGACACCCACUAAGUAUACUGAAUUUGAUCAUGUAAUUAGGUGACAUUUAAUGGUUAAAUUGCUUGAUGCUAUUCUAUGAUGACACUAUUAUAUACGGUUGUAACAUAUUUUAAUGAUUUACCUUGUUUUUACCUCAUUGAAAAUGAAUUAAAAAAAAAAAAAAAGGGUUUAUGUUGGGUUGUCUGCUUACACUACAUCUGUCUGCAGAUUUAAUGUAUCAAUAGGCACUCUAUGCGCAUUCACUUAACUGUCUUUAAAAUGUGCAUGUUUAAGCAAUGCAUUUGAUUCAGUGACACACUCACUCAUAACUGUUGAACACAGUAUUGGUGCUUUGAGAAAGACUCUUAACAGUGGGUGUGUAUACUUAUGUGACUUGAUCUUUUGCAUAUUGGCGCCCCCCUCUGGCACUAAUGCAUAUCUUUAGCUAAAAACAUGAAAGCAUCAGACAGUAAUGUUUUUAUUUCCUACAACAUUUCAGUUCAGCUUCAAGUAUUUCACAGCAGUGCAGUGUAUAUGUUUGCUGUGCAAUAUAUGAAAGUUAAUAAUAAUAACAAACCUGAUUGCAUAUACUAUUGUAUGUUUGAACACUCCAUUUGCCAGUAUUUUGUAUUAGACGAUUCCAAGUAUGUAUAUGUGUGCCCAUGCUGCAAACUGCUUUGAUAGUUCCACUGGCACAAUAAUAAAACAUUUUUAAAAAUCUGA